AUGUCGUCCAGGGCAGCUGGAAGCCGUAAGCGCCUCCAAGAACCCAAACCACCCAAGCCACCCAAGUCGCCGAAAGCUGUCAGUUCCAAGGACGGCAAACCGUUGCGUAAUUUCUUCUCCAGAUCCAAGUCAGCGGCUCCAAAACUCGAAGAACCACAUUCUCAUGAAGUUCCACCACUCCCUUCACCAACACCAUACCAACAACUCCCUCAGCAUGGCUUUCACGAAGCCACAGGGUCUCCGCGUAAUAUGGCAGUUUCACGCACCGAGACACCCCGCCAAAUACAGCGUCUUGAGGAACGUUCACCGAUGCUUAGUUCUUCAGGAUACAACUCGCCAAGGACUAGAAUGGGACCUUAUCCAUCACCAGAGGAGUCAAUUCGAGAGGUCAGCCAGUUUUCGGAAUACUACAACUCGCCUACAUUGAAGAAGGCGGUUUCUGCGUCGGAAAUGGGACAAACACCCCAAAUCUACCUCGAAGCGACGUAUCAACCUCCGCCGCCGCCCCGUUCCCGUGGCCCCCAGACCACCUCCCCUAUGAUCGGCGCAUCCGAGAAGUCUCCGCAUCAGCCUUCUCUUCCUCUAUACAGUCCUCCGUCCCCUGCGACGUCGGACGGUGCUCCAUCCCCUCGCCCUUCGCCGCAGCCCUCUUUCAGCGCGUUCAACUCCCUGCUUCUUCGGCCGUCAUCAUCGGACCCUCCUGGUUACAGAACGCCUCCGGACUAUGGCCAUCCGUCAGUGCAGAUUGCUGCGAACCUUACUCCCCCGCAUACGCGAAUGCAACGGGAAGGGUAUGACGAGGUGUACCCGUCCCCACCUCCGUCCGAAGGCCCUUAUUUUACCAAUGAUGCUUCUUGGCGAGCGGGAUCCGAACAUAGAACACCGGCUUUCCCAGAUAGUGCACAACCGUAUCCUUCCAUCCAGUCGCGCGCAGGAGGCUCUGUCAACUCUUCGUCAUCCAGCAUCGUUUCUGGUCGGAGAGCAGUGUCCCCGGCCUCCUCCACUCCAUCCUCCCCCGCCACCUUCGUCUUCCCAGGUUCGCGUUCGUCGGCUCGACCAAAGGCAGUAAACGGCACUCCACGCAUCAAGUUCAAUAAGCAGGGCAAGUCUCCAGCAACACGCAACGCACCGGUAUCGCCAGUUAGUCCACCCAGGAAUCUCUCCGCACUGGACUCGCAGUCCAGCCAGCAGGCGUCCUCGAGCACUUCCGUCGACAGAGGACUGAUAACGCCCUCACCCACUCGUCCUCGGAAAAUGUCCAGCGCCACGACGGCAACCGACACCACCACCCAGACGUCUGCCACCACAAGCAGCACGGGGUCCAAUCGCUCUAACCCAGGGUUUGUCUACCCAGGCGGAAGAUCGCGUGCCCAGCCCAAGAUGGCUCCCAUCUCCAUGCCGAGCUUCAAACGCAAAGGUGGGUCCAGCAAACGCUCCACAAAGUCCAACGGUUCCGCCAAUUCGGACAAGGCGAAUCGCACCAAGUUUAUGGGCAUCUCGUUGGGGAAGAAGAAAACUCGAUCCGAGACGCCUGAAUCGCCUAUGGCUUUUACGCUCAAUGUGGGCACCGCCGAGUCGUCCAUCUACGAGUAUGACGGGGCUGAAUCCAAUAUUGGAUCGACAACUAGCAACGGUGGUCCUGCUGGCCCAGAGUUUGAAGCUUAUCGGGAACAGCAGAUGGCACCCGAGGUACGAUUACACGAGCGGAUGGCUCGCAUCAAGUCUAGGAUAGGGAGUUACCCGUUGGAUCCAUACGAUUCCAUUCUUCUUGACAACGACCGUCAUACCGGCGAUUUGCUCAACCGGUUGAAUGGGACUGGCUCACCAACGUUUUACGAUUACGGCAAUCAUCCGCCAGCGACUGCGCUGGAUCUUGGGUGUGGACAAGGUCAUUGGGUUGUUGAUGCCGCUAUUGCAUGGAAGGGACAUGGGACGAAGGUUACUGGUUAUGAUCUGGUGGACAUCUCUAAAGUUCUGAUGCCUUGGGCGGUGAAGCAAGGUGUUGCAGAGAAUAUUCGUUUCGUUAGGGGUAACUUCCUGAAACAGCGUUUACCUUUCCCAGACAACUCGUUCGACCUCGUGCGGAUGUCAUCUCUGACACUCUGCAUCACCGCGGAUGCCUGGAUCUUCGUCUUCCAGGAGGUUUGUCGCGUUUUGACAGUUGGAGGGAGGUUGGAAUUGAUCGACGAUGGGAUCAUCUUCCCGUACGGCAAGCCGCCCUCUUCGUCUACGAAUGUCCUUGGAAACACUUCGGGGUCUCAGCUCAACAUACUACCACCGCGGUUGGAUAUCCAGAUUCCGUCGUCGACGAUCUCCACGUUCUCUAUCUACAGCGAUGGAGAACUGCGAAACCCUGGUCUUGGGUCUUACGAGGGUGACUUUGGGGACGAAGACGAGUUCUACGAUUUGUAUCGGGUCAAGGAGGAAGGGGAGAGUGAUGCAGACGAGACGGCCACUUUGAACGGGGAUUCCGAGAGGACGUCGCAGCUUCCUUAUGCGCAGGAUACACCCGAUCCACGAGCCACGCCCGUCCCACACACGCGAAACCGCUUCUCCAGCUCGAACAACAGCGUCCGUCUGAAAUCCUGGCACCGACAUGCAGCCACCUGUCGCGACCUGGAAGCCCUCUUCGAACAUAUGCUCACCCACAAGUUUGGGAUUCAUAUGAGCCCUGAAGAGUUUGUUCUGGACCUCAUGCAGGAUGUCUUUGGGCAUGCUCGCGAGGUCAGGACGAUGCAUCUGUCUCUUGCUCCGCCGGAUAUUGGUCUUGACGAUGAUAUCCCUCGUGGCCGGCCGAGUGACUUGAAUAGAAGCCAUGAUCGGUACGGUAGCUUUGGGAGGCACCUCCCUUCGCCUUCCUCUGGACGAUCCGCGUAUUCUGGCCGUGGAGCUAGCACUCCACUGUCCCGUUCCCCAGGCCUUAUCCUCUCGCCUUCGACGUUCAUACCCAUGACACAUUCCGAGCUCGAAAUUCACGCAUCCAAGCAUCUUCGAAUGCUUCUCUCUUGCAAAAAGUUCUUGGUCGAACACGCUUUGGAAGCUACUGAAGAUGAGGAAAUUGAUGAGGACUCUGUACUGGAAGCGCUCUGGGAAUACGAAGGGUUCCUUCGCGCACGAUUUAACCACCCGCCCGAAUGUCACGGCAGAGAUAAGUCGCCUACACCUUCCACUUCAGACGCCGCCAGUACCAGGGAGUCAAUAAUGUCGGUAUCGACUGACGCCCAAGAUGCCAUGUGGGAAUAUCAGACUGAAUUGCGACAACGGUUCGCUUGGCCGGGAGACGGCACGGAUAACCUUCCUACAGGAUCCAGGGCUCAGAUAACGCCUAAAGUCGCCUCGUUUAAUUCUGCUCAGGGUGGAGUGUUGCCGCCACCGCAGCAGCAGCACCAACAACAGCAACGUCCGGAAUCUGCUGGUCGAUCUGGUUCCCCUGCUUCGAGCAUCGCGCCGCCGUAUUCUAGGAGCGAAUUAACCCAUGUUCGGACAUUCCGAAUUUAUGAAGCUAUCAAGCUUGAUGAGAGCUUUGGUACCUCGUCUUUUUCGUGA